CAAGAUGAGGCAUUCAAUGAUUAUUUAGCAAUCCACCGAGAUGUGAUAUUUAAAGAUGUACAUGUACUUAUCUAUGUAUUUGAUGCCAUUAACACUGAAUUAGAUAAAGGUAUUCACUAUUAUCAAUCAUUCCUAGAAGCUGUUUUGUUAUAUUUGUCUCAUGCCGCUGUAUUUUGUUUGAUGCAUAAAAUGGACUUAAUUCAAGAAAACAAGAGAGAAAAAGUAAACACAGCCAAGAGAGAAUAG